AUGGAUCCUCCCAUACAACGGUCCAAUGAUCCCUCGACGGACGAGCCACUUGCAGGUCAGGCCGAGGUGAACCACCGACGGUCUUUCCGGUAUCCAAUUCCUCAUGCAGAUGAGCAAACAUCAACAUCGCCGGACGGAAGUCCAGCAUUCAUAUCACGACAAACCUCUCAUCAGCAUCAGGUCGAGCCUUUCAGUCUCGAUGGCACGAAGCCGCAUCAUCGUUACAAGCACAGCAAGCCACGCUUGCCGCGGCACAUGAGCCACCUGACAUCCUCAGCAAGUGCACGCGGGCUACUACCGACCUGGUCAGGCAGGGAAAAAGACCGCGAGGGAGAUGACCGACUUUUGCGACCGAAUAUACGGGGAACCCCUCAAUCCCGUUGGGGCUCGGAUUCAACCACUGAGGCAGGGGCAGGGACAGACAGUCGUAAAGGCAGCCUCCUGGAUAAUUUUGAGCUAUAUGGACCCAUUAGAGCACGGGAAAUAUUGUCACCGGAGGACCUGGAGCAGGUUAAGAAACGAAGGAAACAGGGUGAAGAGUAUCUUCGAUCUACUCUCUCCUCUAUCGGAACGCAGGCGACUGAUAUAACCCGACGACUCGACUACACAUACUAUAACCUACUCGAGAAGAUGACUGCACUCAAUACAACGAUUGCAUCGUUCCAAGACCUGUCAGAUUCUGCGGCGAAACUACUGAGCAACUUUGAGCGGGAGACCGCAGAGCUCGACCAGGGAGUUCAGAAGCAAAUCCAAGACCUCCAAGGGUUCAAACCGCAGAUCCAAAAAGCGGAUGCGCUGGAAAAGCGGAUGAUACUAGGACGACAACGGGUGGAGGAGCUUGGCAAACGACUGGAGAAGGACCAACAAGAGAUCGAUCGCUGGGAGCGACGAGAAUCCGAGUGGCAGUCGCGAACGAGUCGCCGUCUCCGCAUAUUCUGGGCUCUCGUGGCCAGUAGCGUUUUGGUACUUUUACUGGCCUUGGUUCUUCCACGGUCUCCUGAAAUCAGUCUAUCCAACGAUGAGGCUCCCAUCUCUAUCCCCAUCCCUACUCCUACAAGUGUAUUGAAUCUUUUGUCCAGUUCUGCCCACCCACCAGAUGUAUGGGGCCCGGUGUUAGGUGUGGGGGCGUCUGGGGAACCUCGCUCGUGGUAUUCGUCGAGUCUAGAAGUUCACCAAGAGGGUCUCGAACAAACAACCUCGAGUGUUGCGAUUGCUGUCCAUUCACACAGACCUCCUUGA